CGCCGCCGCCAUGAGCUUCUUGUUCGGUAGCCGCUCUUCUAAAACCUUUAAACCAAAAAAGAAUAUUCCUGAAGGGUCCCACCAAUAUGAGCUGCUGAAGCAUGCAGAGGCCACACUUGGGAGUGGUAACCUGCGGAUGGCUGUCAUGCUACCUGAGGGUGAAGACCUGAAUGAAUGGGUUGCAGUUAACACUGUGGACUUCUUCAACCAGAUCAACAUGCUUUACGGAACGAUUACAGAUUUCUGCACAGAGGAGAGCUGCCCGGUGAUGUCUGCAGGUCCAAAGUAUGAGUACCACUGGGCAGAUGGAACAAACAUAAAGAAGCCAAUCAAGUGCUCCGCACCAAAGUACAUCGAUUACCUUAUGACCUGGGUUCAAGAUCAACUGGACGACGAGACGCUAUUUCCAUCCAAAAUAGGUGUUCCUUUCCCAAAGAACUUCAUGUCAGUAGCUAAGACCAUCCUCAAGCGUCUCUUCAGAGUUUACGCUCACAUCUAUCACCAGCACUUUGAUCCCGUCAUCCAGCUGCAAGAAGAGGCACAUCUGAACACAUCUUUCAAGCACUUUAUUUUUUUUGUUCAGGAAUUUAACCUUAUAGACAGAAGAGAACUCGCCCCACUUCAAGAACUGAUUGAAAAACUCACUUCGAAGGACAGAUAAGCAGAACUUGGAUUUGUACAAAUCACUUUCUUUCUUUAA